AUGCUACCCACGACGCCAGCGAUCAGCCUUCACGUGGCGGGUGGCCUAACCGUCCUUUUCACAAUCAUCUAUAUUGCCCCCUUCUACCUUUCACCCACCCUGCGGAGCAAUUCGAUCGCCAAUCGUAACACCCCUUCCGUCAUUGAGGCGCGCAUCCGCGCUGUAGUCUGGAGUUGUGUGGCCAGCGUAGUCAUCACUGUCUGUGUGCUCUCUCUCAAAGGUCAUGUUACCAUUGGGGAGACACUUCAUCUACUCGGUGUGUACCCUGUAAACGUUCUCGAUACUGCCAAGUCUUUUCUCCUUGUAGCCAUCCUCUUUGCAGGUCCUCUAUUUGAAAGAGCCAUCAUCGAAGGAGAAUGGAGAAGCUGGGGAGGUACUGCAAUCAAGGAAACGGUCUAUGACGACCUUAUAGGUUGGCGUAAUCUUGUUGUUGGCCCUGUAAGCGAAGAAGUGGUGUUCAGAAGUCUUGCAAUCUCCUUGUUUCUACUGGCUCAGACAUCCGCUCUGCGGAUAACGUUCACUUCGCCAUUGAUCUUCGGUGUGGCUCAUGUGCAUCAUCUGCAUGAACACAUCAAUGCUUCUCGGCGCCCUGGAGCAAGCUAUCUGGCUACUGCUCUAACGCCGUCGGUCAUACUGCCCGGCUUGCUUCGUUCCAUUUUCCAAUUCCUCUACACUUCGCUGUUCGGCUUUAUCGCUGCUUUUGUCUACUUGCGCACGAGCUCGCUCGUGGCAUGCAUUCUUGCCCACAGUUUCUGCAACUGGAUGGGUUUGCCUAGAUUCUGGGGCCGUGUUGGACAGGAAGUAGGAGAAGAAAUGGUAGACCAAACACACUACGAUGGCAGUGUGACUGAUGCAUUGCAGACUGGCACACAUGGUCAGCGACUGUCCGUUGCCUGGACGAUUGCAUACUACGUCGUGCUUGUUGCAGGCGCUAUCGGUUUCUGGAAACUUCGCUGGUCGUUGACAUACAGCGAUCUGGCUCUGAUACAGUUCUAG